UUUCUUCCCCGUUCCGUGGCCGCUCCACCAAACGGGCCAAAAGGAACCAAAAUCAGCAGAAAAAGAUCCAUCCGAGAAAGAGAGGAGUAGCCAUGGCGCGUGGGAAGAAUCACCCGGACGGGGAGGAGGAGGAGGCGCCGGCGGCGGCGGGGGAGGAGGAGGCGCCGGUGGAGAUGGACGAGGAGGGGGAGAUGGAGGAGGAGGAGGAGGAGGAGCAGGGGGAGGGGGAGGGGGAGGAGAGAGACGAAGGGGAGGAGGAGGAGGAGUGGGAGGAUGCGGAGGAAGUGGAGGGGGGAGAGGAGAGCGAGCAGGCGGCGGCGGAGGAGGAGGAUUCGCCGCUGGUGGUGGUGGAGGCCGAGGCGGCGGCGCCUGUGGUGGAUGGCUCCCCGCCGAAGCUGGCGGAGGGGUACUACGAGAUCGAGGACAUCCGCCGCCGCCGCCUCCGCAAGGGGAAGCUCCAGUACCUUGUCAAAUGGCGUGGAUGGCCGGAAAGUGCUAACACAUGGGAGCCCCUAGAAAACCUGAGUGCCUGCUCUGACAUUAUUGAUGCUUUCGAGAUGCGGUUACAAUCUCCAAGGCCCGGUCGGAAGCGUAAGCGGAAGAUAACAACUACUCCAGUAGCAGGCUCAAACCCAUCUCAUGGUAAACGGGGCCGCCCUCGCUUGGAUGCUAAGUCCCACACUCGAGCUCCUGCACCAGAACCUAAGCAACUGCCCUGUCGGACAAGUUGUAGGAGAGCGACUAAUUGUAGUAGUAAGACAGUUGCAGGGCUUGAUGCGUCAGGGAGUGUGGUGAGGAACCAGCUUGCACAGAACAUUGUACAGGAGGGUAGUUCCAGUGUGAUUUCAAGGACACCAUGUCAGGAGCUACCGCUCUCAAUUAGGUUGACGGACCAACAAAACGAGCAUCACCUUGUGAAUGGUUCGUCUAAUUCUGAGAACUUAGUGAAGGUACCUCCAUCUCAGGGUGGCCAGGUAACUGGUGCCAAGAAGCGUAAAUCUGGAAAUGUGAGGAGGUUUGAGCAGAAUAAACCAACACAAGGACAAGGAGAAUGUGGAGCAUUAGUGGUGGCUGAGGAUGUUGGUUCCACUGAAGGAGAAACUGGCGAUAAGAAAAAGACAGAGGGCUGUCCUAACCGAGUUCAUAUCACCAAGAUCAUCAAGCCAGUGCGAUUUGCAGCAGCUGUGAACAACGAUGUGCAGCAAGUUUCAAUUACAUUCAAAGCACUCAGGUCUGAUGGGCAGGAAGUCAUGGUGGACGACAAAGAAUUGAAAGCAAAUAAUCCCUUGCUGCUUAUUAGCUACUACGAGCAGUGCCUUCGUUAUAAUCCGACUUCGUGAGAGAUGAACUGAAGGAACUGGGUUUAGCUGCCUGUGUAUUUAAUUAGCAUUUGUGUGUUUAGAAGCUUGUAGCUCUAUGGGCUUGAUAAUUUAGUCUGGUCUUGCAGUAGGUUGCUAAAUGCAAGAAAUGUAUUGCUUGGUCUCCCCACUGAUUGCUUAUUCGCGCCAUCUUAUGUGUAACAUUUUGAACAGUGGGGAGAUAUGUGUAAUCUAUGCUUAGGGAUCUUAUGUUUCUUUUCUCUAUGUUUAGUUAUUUGGGAUCGUCGUGACCUGCAUGCAUCUUUUCUCUAUGUUUAGUUAUUUGGGAUCGUCGUGACCUGCAUGCAUCAUAGACGGUAAUGACUGAGAAGCUCGUGAAUUUCGUGUGAUGAAUGCAUAUCCAGUAGAACUGAAUAAACUGCGUAA